CGUUCCGAACGGUCCGUUUUUGUCCGUUUGUCCGUUGUGUGAGUACGUGUGUGCGUGUGCGCGUAUGUGUGAAUUUGGCCGCAGUUUGCAGUCGUAAUUCAAUAUUAUAUUAUUUUGCCAUCGGAAUUGUAAAACGGUCAUAAAACACGCACGCACGCGGCCAAACAAUGGAGCACGGAAUCAUUUCAAAAUACACGGACGUUCGGGUGAAGAUCAGCGGCUGGGACGAACGCGUGCAGCAGUUCCCCAAGGAUUGUCCGUGCUGUUCGGUUGGGAGGGCCACCUACCGCACCUUCGGCUACAGCAACAAGCACUUCAUCCCAAAGACGACGACCCAGUCCAUGUACGACGACGUGUGGGGUCAGUUUUGCGCGCACGGCCGCCGGUUCCACCCGAACGAGCACAUCGACUUUGAGUCGUACCGGUCCACCUACCAGAGGGACUAUCCCGGCUCGGGCGGCCCCCGGCUCCCGCUGGCAUAUUGAUAGCAGUGAUAUGGUGCUCAGCAAAUUCUAGUUCCAAAUUUAGUGGUAGAUAAUAGUGAUUAAUGAGUCGGCGGCAAUGGCCAGCGGUAGUGCCUCCGGGGGACAAUUGCGGCGGCAGAGAUCAUAAUCCUACCUUCCGAUGGCCAACGGGGAUUGCUUCCUCCAGGAGCUUUGCGGAACUUUGUAGAACGCGCGCGGUCAUCCGAAAAUCGUCGCCCAAAUCCGUACAGAUGAUGAUUAUUUACGGAGGCCUGGCCACUUCGGAGUCCGCACCGUGGUCAAUUUAUUGCCAGGAUUAGGCCUCGGAACUGUCCCCUGAGGGGGGCGCUUGCUCUUGUUCUUGUUGUUGGUGUUGUUUGUUGAAUUUGUUUGUUUUUGGGGUCUUUCGCUGUGUCAAGUUCCUAAAUUCCUAAUAAAGCCAAAUUGAGUAGAGUGAUUUUGGACCGGACAGUUUAA